GUCGCAGUUUUGUGACACCCCUGGCGCGGGUCGGAUGUCAAGAGAAUGUAGUUACAUUCUCGAAUGAGACGCCGCAGUGACUGAAGAAUGUUCAGGAUCGUAGGUUGCACUUUAAAUACACAAGUUUAGUCGAAAUUUUUGUUUACCGAAACCUAAAGAAAGGGUUAAAAAAAUAAAUACGAGGACGAGGAGGAGGAGGAUGACGAUGACGAUGACGAUGAAGUUUGCGCGAAAUGAAUUUGUGUUGGUAACUAUGACGUAGUUUGAAAGAAAUACAAACAAAAAUAGAGAAGAAAUAAUUGUCACUCGCGACUUUAAUUCGAAGUGUGAAUAAGAAAAGUUUGUGAGGAGAGGAGAGGAGAGGGAAAGAUCAACGAGGGUUUCGAAUUAUACGAAAAGUUUGUAAACAUAGAAUGGCAGUGGAACCUCGUGUCCCGGGAAACACCAAACCCCUGGUGCCGCUUUUCACCAAGUCAACUGAUUGCAUUUACACCAGCUGUUAUUGCGAAGAAAAUGUAUGGAAGUUGUGCCAGGACGUUGCAACUAAACACGGAUCGGAAUUGCAACAUUGUCACGUUGCUUUUAUAAGUAAUUCUCGACGUAGCGUACCACUUUGGCGUCAACGUGCCGGAAAAGACGAAGACAAACUCGUAGUUUGGGAUUAUCACGUUAUACUGAUUUAUGCACCCGACGAGAGAGCCGUGGUUUAUGAUUUGGACAGCGCAUUACCAUUUCCAACUCAUUUCUGGAAAUACGCCACGGAAACGUUCAGAUCUGACGAAGCUUUGCGACCGGAAUAUCAUAGAAGAUUCCGAUUGGUACCUGCCAGUAUUUAUUUGCAACAAUUUGCAUCUAAUCGUCAACACAUGAAACGCGAGGACGGUACAUGGAUCAAAACACCACCAGAUUAUCCACCAAUUUCAACGCCAACAUGCAAAGACAAUUUGGAUUCGUUUAUCAACAUGGACCCGGGUACCGGAUUAGGAAAUGUCAUGAGCCUGAAACAAUUAGUUAACAGAUUUUAUAGGCCAAAUGUUAACACCCCGGCAUCACCCUCACCUCAGACGCAAGCUACUCCAACUUAAAUUAUAAUUACGAAUUAAUUAAUUAAUUAAUUAAUUAACUAACUAAUUAACGAACGAACGAACGAACGAAUGAAUCUCGAGAAAUGAGUAUUUAUUAGGCGUGCUCGCUUUUUCAUUUCCCUCGGAAUAUAAUGAACCAAAUAUUAUUAUCGUGUGGCCUAAGAAAGAAAAGAAAAAAAA